AUGUCGACCAAGAAACUCAUCGCCUCUGCUCAAGGCUCCGACGCCCAUAGCAAUGUCUUCUUCAGGGACGAUAUGUCUGGAAAUAUUCGAGUUUAUAUCAGCCAAGAGGAAGGAGAGGUUGAGGCUGCUGAAGCUAAAAACUACAGUCAAGACUUUAUCGUUGUCGAUGGUACAAGAAUCAAAGUCACCUCCCCGGACAUGGGUGCCCUUGCUUGGCAAAGUCAAAAUGACGGUGUUUCCCACACCAGGCUGUACUAUGCCGAUGCAAACAAUACUUUGCAGGAGCUGUGCCUUGACUCUGGCAACGCCAACUGGUUUCGUGGAUCUCUUGGGUCGACCGUGACCGUACAGUGUAUGCAGGACACACCAAUUGAUGUUCACAUCAAUUACGCAUACAAUCAGCUCAAAGUCUAUUCGUACGGCCCAGACAACACGACCACACCGACAGUCACUUGGACCACCUUGAACUUGACGAAUUGGCAAACUAAGCUCAUUUCCAGGUAG